GUGUGUGGAAGACACGAAGGAGCGACACACACACACACACACACACUCUCUCUCAGGCACAGCCGGGCAGCAGGAGUAAAGCAGACUGGAGAUGAAAUGAAAGAAAGAGAAAAGCUGAAUGCUUUGUACUUUCAAACCGGUAUGUGAGGUGAAGGCGAGCGGAGCCGCCGCCGCGCUCUGCGAUGUCAGCCGCUGUUUGUAGGCGGGAUGGCAAGAGGAGAGGGAGCUUUAUCUGCAGACGCUGCCUUUCUGGUUUCUGUUAAUUGCUACCUGAAGACAAUUAAGCGGCAGUUUGGGAAGUGAAGCGAGUGUUUGGUGUCAACUUUAAAGAAGCUCCUGUCUGCUGGAGAAGCCGGUGGAUGUUGCGCCAUGAAGCUAAAGACAAGACUUCGAGCUGUGCUGAUGUUAAUAUGGAUUUUUCAAGGUGACACCCAGAAGGUGGAGAUCCCCAGAGGAGAGAUGGAGGCGGUGAAAGGCCAGAUGGUGGUGUUACACGCCUGGUACAGCCCCAGCUCAGACAUUUCCAGAAACUCUGUGGUUUGGAACUUCAUGGGAAAUAAGUCCACACAGGUGAUAAACUUUAGCUCAGGUGAGGUUGGGCACGGCCAGCGUGAAUACACCAAAAGAGUGGGGUUCAGCGUGGCCAUGCCCUCAGCCAACCUCUCCAUCUACAUCAACAACACCCAGGAGUCUGACUCUGGACGCUACAUCUGCAACGUCAUCAUCCCUGGAGAGACUGGCCUUACUGGAGAGGUGCACCUUAAUGUCAAAGUCCCUCCCUCUCCCCCAGUAUGCACCAUGACAGGAAACCCUGUGAUGAAGGGCAACGUGACUCUGAGCUGUAAGUCCAGUCAUGGAAAACCAGUCCCUCAGUACAAAUGGACCAAGGCUGCACCCAUGUCUGAGGUCUUCUUCUCACCAAUGCAGAAUGAGAGACACGGCACCCUCAGGCUGAGCAACCUCACUAAAAGCAUGUCGGGGAAGUACGUCUGCCGAGCCAGCAACACCGCCGGCUCCGACAGCUGCUCCAUUAACCUGGAGGUUAUCACCUCUUCCAAUGCAGGCAUGAUUGCAGCAGCUACACUGGGGUCAGUAGUGGGACUUAUGGCCAUGGUGUUGUUCCUCAUAUUCAUCCUGAGAAGGAGACGAGACACUGAGGAGGAGAUAGCCAAUGAGAUCAAGGAGGAUGCUCAGGCACCAAAGCGAGUGUCAUGGGCAAAGAGCAAUACCGGCUCCGACAUCGUGUCCAAGAACGGCACACUGUCCUCCAUAGCCACCAGUCCUCGGCCGCAAGACCCACAUCAGCCCAACUUCCACUACCCCUACUCCCCCACCUCAGCCUCAGACACAGGCUCAGUGAUUAACGCCUACCAGCUGCGUCCUGGAGAAGCCAACACCUUACAGGGACUUCCUGGUUACAACAUUGGAGGCACUCCAUCACGUAAACACAAGCGGCCUCCCAAUGCAAACGGGGCCCCUCCGCAGGUCUUCAGGAGUCCUGUAGUCGCCAUCCCCAAAAGGACUGAGGGGGCGCAGCCUCAGGUGCCACCGCCACUCACUGUGUCCCCACAAAUCAGCUCCUCCACUCUGACACGCAUGGGAGCUGUUGCUGUCAUGGUGCCUGCUCAAAGCCAAGCUGGCUCGCUGGUGUAGCCGGCAGAAGCAUCUCUGAUGGGGAAAUAAGAGGAUGGCGGUUGUGGCUGGAGAGAAAGUAUGCCUUGAAAUGGAAAGCACUUUCUCCAUGAAGACCUGAGAGGUUGUGAAAGGCGAAACUGUCUCGCACGUGGUUUGUGCAUCAUUUGCACAACCUCUCCCUUCAGUUUGUUAAUAAAAGUGAGUGCAUCGUUGUUCAUUUCAGUUUGUUUUCGUAUGUUGCAUUCUGGCUCACUAUGGACAAAUAUAUUUUUAUUUACUCCCUUAGAGAUCUAUAAAAUGGUCUCCAAAAGCAUUAAAAUUGCCAAUUAUUUCAAGAGUUGUGUUAAUUUAACGAAAUCUGUCAGGAUAUCGUAAACCAUAAUGUGUGGUUGAUUUCGCAUAGAGUUUUGCAGUUCUUGCAAAAUAUAAUGUUUUGGCUACAUUUGUAUAAUGUACGAAAAGACUACUAAAUAUGACUUGUUUUUUACAAUUUAAUUUCUAUUACAUUGUACAUGGCCAUGUAUUGAUCACUUUGAUUUACUUUUCUCAGGCUAACUGCACUAGUUCAAAGCAAAAACCCAGCAAAACCACAAUUCAGGUAUUACAAAUGGUUCUCUUUUUUUGAAUUUCUUGCUUUCUUAGACCCACAUUUACCUGUGUUCACUGAAGGGUUGUUUAUUUAGCCUACUGUAACAAUGUCAAUAUGAUUUCAUGACACUGAUGUCUACUGAGAGAACAUACUGUCUGAGUUUUUUGCCUGUUAUGGUAGAUGGAAUGUAACCAAAAUAGUGAGUAUAGCAAUGUUGAAGUUGAUGAGUUCUGACUAUUUUGUUCCAAGGUGCUUGGUUUAACUUGAUGUAAUUGCUGUAAACAUAUGAGGCCAUUAGUUGAGACGCACGGUUAAAAAUAUUUGACCAGUCCUCCUGCUGAUGCUCAUAUGUAUGGGGCCAUUAUUGUAGCAAAACUACUUACAAAUGUGAGUAGAGAGUUGUGUAACUGUGUCUUAAUGCGGGAUCAGAUUGGUUAAUGUAAAUUUGUAAAAUAAAAAUUAAAAAAAAUCUCCAAAUCUGUAUUCAGAUUUGCAAGUGUAUUGAGAAUUGUAAAUAUGUAGACAAAUUUGUAAAUGUGUACAUAGAUAUUAAUGGCUUAAGUCUAAGUAUUUUUGCUCCGACACCAGGAAAUACAGACAAAUCAUCAGUUAGAAGUCGUGUGGACCUCUCAGUUGUCUUUUCACACGUGACUUUUGCUGCUCUUGUGCUGUGGCAGAUCUGCAAAUGUGUGGGGAGAUCCAACCUAGCAACCCACCACGACAUCACCCAUUGGGUUUGUGAACUGCCAUUCGAAGCCUCGAGUUUAAAUGUCUGUAUAUAUUUGACUUUUAUUGUAAAUCAUUGCCUUUACUAUAAUGUUCAUCAGCAUUAAAAAAAAACAAACAAUAAACAUUAAAGAAAUUGAACUGAACUAAAAAUGUUUACAAAUGUUUUUGUUUAUUCAGUCAUAUCCAGCUUCCAAAGGCAAUGACUUACUAUAAAAGCCAAAUGUUUGAGCUCUCAAAUGUUUUUUAUUUCAUAAUUCUAUCUACUUCAGAGGCUGAGAAAUAACGGUUUUAGUGAUCGUCAACUUUUUCAGAAAACCCCUCAGGUUUCAGGAGGUUGUUUUCAGACAAUGCUCAGGUUUUAGUCGGCUUGUUUAGAGGGCACCUUAGGCCUUAAUGGGUUAAAUGAACAAACUCCCACCUGACAUGUUCUUUUCUACAUUGUGUAUUGUAGCCUAUAUAAGAACACACUUGAUGGUUUUGUUAAUGAACAGCUGACAGAAGGUCCUCAUACUGAACAGCAGUCACCAAAGAAGUCAGUGUAACGGCAUCAACAACAGUUACUCAUUUCGUUUUGCGCUACUUAAAAAAAAAAAAAAGGCUGUAGUCACUUCACAUUUAGAUGAAUGAUUUUUUUCAUCCAGUUUAUUUGUGCCGCAGAUUAAAUGUUAUAUUUAAUCAUAGUGUCAGUAACUGCUUUGAUCAUAUUCUGGGUGUUUAAUCUUCCAAUCUACGUUGCAGUAAAUUAGUCUAACAACGUGUGCGUUUGUUUUAGCUCCAACUUAAGGAUCAAUGUCAGUGAUCUGUAUAAAUAAUGGUGUAUCCCAUUCGCUUAUUAAGCAUCCUCAUUUCCUCUCGUCUUGUUUCUCCCUCACACGAGAUGCGAGCUGCAGAGGCGAGGAAGGGACGGAGGAGUGGAGACUGAAAACAAGUAAAUGGGUUUAACCUAACUCACCCUAACCCCAAUUCUUUCAGCAACUGAUUUUUACUGAAAUUAUGGUAUCGACUUAAUUGUUAAACAAAUAUUUUUAAGUCCCACGAAUGUUUGGAUGUUAUUUAUAUAAACAGUGUAAAAAUAACGUAGUUACAUGUAGUAAAAAUUGUAGUACAGAUCUUACAUAGUGACGCUCCAACAUGGAGCGCGAUGCUUCACACAGGACAUUUUGCUUUAGUCUUUGAGGGGUGACCAUCAGUGCACGAACAGGACAUCUCAUUUCCUGAAAAACAUAAUCUGAAAGUCUUAAUUUUAAGUACAAAAGUAAUUAAAGUAAAAAACAUUUACAAAUCUUAAUACAUUUGCAAAUCUGAAUUUCUUUUACACUUACAAAUCUGAUUACACACACAUGGCUGAGAUAGUUACACAAUUCUCCACUCACAUUUGUAAAUAGUUUUGCAACAAUAACCCUAACCCAUACAUUUGUUUUCUUGUAAUUAUCCUGAACUCUGGAGAUAAUGUGGCAGUGAGUUACUGAUGUAUACAAAUUACCUGUAGCACUUUUACAGCGGUUCUGAUUGUUGACAGUUUUUUCAAUAAAUGUUCUGGAGGUGUUUGGUUUGAGCAUAACUCAAUUAAAAAUCACUUGCUUAUAAACACAAUUCAUACAAAGUGACAGAAAAUUCAGGAUGCCAAUGAAAAAGCCGAUUCCUUUUUUUGAAAGUUGAGAUUAUUUUAUUUGGAGUGUGACCUGCAAAUUGCAAAGUGACAUGUGAAUACACAACCCAUAUAAUGCUAUCUGUGGUAGUACACACAGGAUGUUCUUCUGCAGGCAGUUUACAUACUACAGAAUACACAAUGGGGUAAAAUACAGUAACAACACAGUAACCAUGAACAUAAAUAGGAUGUAAAAAGCCACUUUUGGGAGAGAGAUACUGAGACUGCAUGUGAUAUAAAGUAGAUGUGAUUUCAAACCAUAUAAUUGUAAUGGCACUUAAGUUAGUUUUUAAUCAUUUUACACAACUGGAAAAAGAAUUCAAACUUCUUUUCACAAACUCUGCAAAACUGUUAUAAAGAGCAGCUUUUUAUACAGUAACUAGAUUAAACCUCUAUAUCCACACUAGCAGCAUAACCGGAAACAAAGGAAAACGUUAUGUUUUUUACCACUGCUGGAUGUUGGUGUUCAGUAAAUGCUAUGUGUGACUAAAAUCAAAAGGUUUUUUUUCCCCAUGUACAGCGGCCAUAAUAUGUAAUCUCAGGCUCAGCUUCACAUUGUCAGACAUUGUCAAUGUUCAUCAGUUGCAUUCUGUACAUAAAUAAAAUGUGCUUUGUCUACUGUA